AUACCUACUCACUCAUAUAAUAUAGUGUGCAGUUGUGUUUCGAGCAGCCGGCGAGCUUGUCGCGUGUGCACACGGUGUUCACAAGUCGUGUGGUAAAAAUACUAUAACAAUAAUAAUACAACAAAUUCCAUAAACACACGCCGUUGGUAGUAAAAAAUUUAAUAUAAAAAUCUUAUAAUCGAAUAUUUUUAUAUUCUUAUCUCCGCGGCCGAGUGCUGCAGUCACGCCGGUGCAGUGCAAGUCGAUUAAAAGACUUACGAUAGACGUGCAACGAGUGCCGUCGUAUUCCACCUAAGUUUUUCACGGUAAACUUAGGCUCCGAGAUGGGUCGAAAGUUUCCGGUGGCCACGUCGUUUUUGGGUUUCCCGCUCAAGACCGGAGCCAUCAUCAGCGGCGUCUACGGAAUAGUGAUUGCCAUAGUCACUCUAUUAAUCAUUCUGAUAAGUGACAUCAGAAUACAGACCAUUGUCAUAGAUUUCUUACCCAAAGCUGUCGUACAAAUCAUUGUCGCCAUCAACCUGCUUAUGACAGUAUUAAUAUCGGUUCUGCUUUUGGUCGGGAUUUUUAGGCGAAAGAAGAUAUUGAUGCUUCCUUGGAUAGUACUUACAAUCAUGUUAUGUAUUGCUAGUCAUAUCUGUGAUAUACACUUCUAUUGACUUCUUGAUUCAUAAAUUCUAUUUCACUAGCUUUGGGGUUUUAGUGGUUGGCUUGCUAUGCGU